AUUCUGUUUUCCCGAAAGGCCACCAAAGGCUGCCUUUUUCCCCCUCCUGACAUCCUUUUGUAGUGGGGAAUGUCCAUAUUUGGAAAUUUUUUAGCCAUCCACUAAUCUAUUGGAAGGGGAGGGGAGGUGACUCAGGGCCUGGUGGAAGCCAGCCUCGGAUUCCUAUCGUGAGGAUAAGUUUUUUCUUUCUUUCUUAACCGUCUCUCUCUUUUCCUUCUUGCUUCCCCUCCGAUUGUGGUCAGCUCUGGAGUCUUCUCGUGUCCGGCGCGGCUUCCAAAUUCGUUCUGCUGCGGGACGGCGCGUCUCCUGGGAGGGAGUGGAGCCGGACGGGCAUCUGUCAUAUAGCCUUCAGGACUCGCUCUCUGUUUUCCCAAGUCUCGACAUCCCUCUUUGGAGCAGGAGACCCAGAAACGCCGCAGACACACUCCAGGAUUCAUCGGUGUUCCUUUUGAUGGUGGAAGGAGCUGGAAAAGGCCUAGAGAUUUUCGCGAAAGGUCAUCAGAGCCGGAGAGAAGACCUGAGCCAUGUCUCACCCGUCGUGGCUGCCGCCAAAGAAUGCCGGUGAACCCACCGGGCACGUCACUGCGAGGAUGGAGACGACGCAUGCCUUUGGCACCCCGAGCAUUUCCGUCUCCACUCAACAGACGCCCAAGAAGUUUGCUCCAGUCGUCGCUCCCAAGCCCAAGUACAACCCAUACAGACAGGCGGAAGGCGAAGGCGAUUUCCCCCCACCCCCUCCACCUCCGCUACCUUCCACGGAUGACCCCGGGAACCUCCCGCCAUCCGCCGGCGCUGUCCUGCCUCCUCCGCCUCCCCCAGAUGCUGCCUUCUUUGGCGUUCAGAGCAACCCAGGGGGCAAGACGCUGGAAGACCGGCGUUCCAGCCUGGACGCAGAAAUCGAUUCCCUGACCAGUAUCUUAGCGGACCUUGAGAGCAGCUCGCCUUACAAGCCCCGGAAUCAACAGGGCUCUGGGAUUCCCAGCGGGGUCUCCACUCCGCCAAUGUCCACUCCUGUCACUGGACACAAACGGAUGGUCAUUCCGAACCAGCCUCCGCUGACGGCCACCAAGAAAUCGGCUUCCAAGCCUUCCUCUCAGCCGUCUCCAGUUCCUGUGACGCCGGUCGGCACCUUGAAACCUCAGCCCGUCCCGGCGUCUUACACCACAGCCUCUACCCCGACCCGGCCAACGUUCAACGUCCAGGUCAAGUCGGCUCAGCCGGCCCCUCACUUCCAACCGCCUGGCGCCCAGUAUAGCAGUUUGGCCCCCAACCAAGUGCCUCAGCCUGCGUCUUCCCUGGGGCCGGCAUCCUAUGCGCCGUCUCAAGUCCGGCCACCAGAUUACAGCUACGUACCCCAGCCUCCUCAUCACCUGGAGCCGAGUUACACCUAUGCACCUCCGCAAGCUCGCUUCCAGGAACCUGCCUAUCCGGGAGGCCCAAGCUAUGGAGGGCGGAACGGUACUGAGCCAUCAUCCUAUGCCCCACAAAGUAGCUGGAAGCCUGAACCGGCCUUUCCUUCUCCCGUUGCCGGGAACCAGAAUUCCGUUGGGCAGUACCCCUCGCCCGGGGCCAAGAAGACCUAUAUCACCGAACCGGAGCCCAUGCCUCAGCCGAAGAGUGGACCUUCUGGCCCCAGCCCUGCCUCGAAUGUUCCCCUGGUCAGACCAGAAGAUGAGCUGGAACACUUGACCAAGAAGAUGCUGUACGACAUGGAGAACCCACCUUCAGAGGAAUAUUUCGGACGCUGUGCACGCUGCGGGGAGAACGUGGUUGGGGAAGGAACCGGGUGCACGGCCAUGGACCAAGUCUUCCACGUGGAGUGUUUCACCUGCAUGACCUGCAACAAUAAGCUUCGAGGACAGCCCUUCUAUGCCGUGGAGAAGAAAGCUUAUUGCGAGCCCUGCUACAUCAAUACUCUGGAGCAGUGCAGCGUUUGCGCCAAGCCCAUCAUGGAGCGGAUCCUGCGAGCCACCGGCAAGGCCUACCACCCCCACUGCUUCACCUGCGUGAUCUGCCAGCGGAGCCUGGAUGGCAUCCCCUUCACCGUGGACGCCGGCGGCAACAUCCACUGCAUCGAGGAUUUCCACAGGAAAUUUGCGCCCCGUUGCUCGGUUUGCAAGGAGCCCAUCAUGCCUGCCCAGGGCCAGGAGGAGACUGUCCGGAUCGUGGCCUUAGACCGUGACUUCCACGUCCAGUGCUACCGGUGUGAGGAUUGCGGAGGGCUGCUGUCCGAGGGAGACAACCAGGGCUGCUACCCACUCGACGGCCAUAUCCUCUGCAAGACGUGCAACUCGGCCAGGAUCCAAGCCCUGACGGCAAAGGCUAGCACUGACCUCUGAAGGCGGUCAGAGUUGCUGGAAAGGCCCCGGGCCACGAGGAAGCGCUCCUCUGGGGCUUAAGCCCACAUCACUGUGAUCUGCAAUCUAUACUUUUGCUGCCUUAAUCUGACCGAACCCCUGUUUCUUUUCCCCAAAGAACUCUUGAGAAGUGUAGUUCUGGGAGCGGUGCCGGUGCACCUGUGGAACUACAAUUCCCAGGAUGUUUUUUCAGCUGUUAAAAAAGGUUAUAAAACCGAAGGGUGUUUGCGGCGUAGAGAAAGUUUUAGGGGCCGAAAUGGGUUGGCCAUCUCCUGGCUUUAAAGAGUCCAGAGCCACAUUUUCCAGCCUGGUGUUCUCCCAGUGAGAUUACAGUUCCCAUCAUCUUCAGGCACCUGCAGGCUUGGAGAGUGUGAGAUCGGUGGCCCUUCUCAGCCAGAUUGGAGAAGGCUGCUGAGAGGAUUUUCUCUGCCACAUCCCUCCUUGGUCCCAAACCCCUUCGAGUUUAAACCGCCUCUCAAACCGACACCUAAUAUUCUCCAGUACGAAUUCUUGCCAGCCACAAGGUCUCCGGGGUUUGCUAUUUUUAUUUUUCACAAGCCAUCAAGUCCUGAGCUUGUUUGCACAUUAAUAUACAGAAAUACACUUUAUAGCUCUAUAUCUAUACUCACGUAUGAUAAUGUAUUGCAAUAUUUCACUAAUGCCUUAAAGACAAUCAUGCAAAAAGGAAAAAGUAACUGAGGAAUGGAAAAACUGAUACAGGGAUCUCCGGGUGCUUGCUAGGCCCCUGGCAACAGUCAAACCAUCCCAAUCC